AUGCUUGGAAAAGACGUCGUAGCACGAGCUCCUGGAGGCCCACGAAAGCGCGAAUUAAUUCAUGAACAAUCGCCUCAGCCAUCAAAAAGAAAUUGCGUGGAAGCCUCGGUUACUGCGACGACAGCAGGUCGAGGGAAUCUGGAUCGAAAAUUUAAAUUCAAAAAGCGAAAAUUGCAAGAAGUGCUCGACGAGCUUGUUAUUCGCGUAGAGAACAAUGAUCGACAAUUGUAGGCAUACUUUAGAAGAAAAAAUGCUGAAAAAAUGCUGAAAAUGUUUCAGAACAAACAAUUUGAUCCGGGAGCUAGAUUACGAACAUGUGCGCGUGGUUCCCGAGGCGGAUUUCGACGAGAGCUGCACGAUUAUGAUGAAAGCAUGUAUAGCAGCAAAAGUAACAAAAAUAAAUUUUCAGAGAGUAAAAAGAAUACAUUUUUAGGUGGAAACAGUGGCGAAUAAGACGCUGAAAUGUCUGAUGGGAUUGUUUGUACGUGGCUCCGUCCAGAAUCGACGGAAUUUUGUGUUGAAAAUGGCAGAAGAGUCGAUGUGCGAGGCGCUUUUCUCUAAAAUGCAUCUGGACAGCGGAGUUUUGCUCAUUUACACAAUGGUCUUGAACAGUCGGCAAGUUUGUGCAGAGGAUAUUCCGCAAAAGUGAGUAACCAUUAUUUUAAUUUUCUAAAUUUAAAUUUCAGAGUAAAAAUGACGGCACGACGGAGUCUGGGACAUUCUGCGAUUUCCUCUACCUCCAACCGAACGGCCGCCAUUGACUUUAUGGUUGCACUGGCCGUUUCCGAUACUUCAGAUGAGAAAAAGCGGAAAGAUUGCGAGAAAAUUCUGUGCCGACAAGCCCAUGAUCGAGAUUAUCGUGUCAGAAAAUCCGCUUCUGAAGUUUGUUGCAGGCCACGUCGCAAAAACUUCAUCGUUUUCAGGGUCUUCUACGUCUGGGUCUCGCAGGGACAAUGCUCGCUAAAUCCACGUAUACAGCGUCGAAAAAGUUCAUGAACGACUGUGAUUCGGACGUCCGGAUCACCGCCAUCCGUCUGUUGAUCUAUUACGCGAAUCGGAAAGCCAAAGAAACCGUGGGCGGGAAGGGAACGAAACCGAUGAGCGACGACGCGUUCUCGGCCAUUUGUGACGCGAUGAACGACAUCGAAAUCGCGGUGAGAGCAGAAGCGGCGAAGACGCUUGGAGACUUUGAAACGGUCUCCGAAGACCUCAUCUUCCAAACGCUCGACAAGAAAAUGAUGCGAUCGAAUGCGAACGCGCAGGUCGUCAAAGUGGAGCAGUCUCUGUUCGCGCUCUCCAAAAAAGCGUCGGCUCACAAUGAUCGGAGAUGGAAGUUUGCAAAAAGGGCGUACAAACCGGAAGAAUCGAAGAGUGGUGGUUGGUCCCGGGGAAAAGAACUGCAUUCGGCGGCACCGGAUGUUCCGAAAGAGCCGGAGAAACCGGAGGAGGAAGAGGAAAGUAUAAUUCCGCACGGAGCAUGCGGUGCUUUCGUUUCCGCGUUGGAAGAUGAGUUUAUGGGUGAGAAAAUAUUUAAGUUUAUUUACAAAACGUUUUUCCUUCAGAAGUGCGAAAAGCGGCCGUCUACUCGCUGGGCCGUCUGGCGUGUACCCGUCCGACGUUCGCAGUUUCCGCUCUCGAAUAUCUGGCCGACAUGUUCAACGACGAAAUUGCGGCGGUUCGGCUGGACGCCAUCAAUGCGCUGACGCCUUUGAUUGCCCACGGACAACUGAACAGCGAGCAGUUGAAUGUGAUCCUCAAGUGUCUAGAUGUGAGCAAUCUCUUCGCCGCAAAUGAAACAUAAUUUCUUGCAGGACGCAAUGCCAGAAUCCCGUCAAGCGAUGCGAGAACUUCUAAAGCGUGCCCAGUUCGUCGACGUUUCGUGCAUUGAGCUGUGCGUAAGAGCUCUGCUGGCUUGUCUGAAACGGUUCCCAAAAGACAAAGAGCAAGUGUACUCGUGCAUGGCGGAAAUCGGCCGGAAUCACGCGAUUCAAGUGCAAUCCAUCAUGCGAAGUCUACUCGACAUCCAUUUGGUCUUCCACACCCGCGAGCCUUCGAUUGAGGAUCAGGAGUACGUCGGCAAGCUGAUAAUGGUGUUGAAUGCGGCGGCGGUGCAGCCGUCGAUGACCUACGUCUUACCGGAAUUCGUUCAUCGCCACUAUCGAUACCUGCGCGCCUCGUUUCCGAAGCUGGUCCGCGCAAUUCAGGUCAUCGAUGAGCAGCAGCAAAGCGGAAAAGUGCAGAGGAACGAGGAGCGGACGAACGAGAAAGCCGAAGAAAUAGUGCUCAAAACGUACACGCGGCUCUGCGAAUCCUCGGCGCCCACGCUUUUCUCCGACAGAAACCUGAAAAGAAACGAUAUUUUUCAUGACACCCAGGCGAUUUCGGCGUAUAACGAAAGUGUUUCGGGAGCCGCCCGUCUCAUUUUUUGCCUAGGAGAGAUCGAAUCGUGCAUCGACAACGCCACACAUUCGGUGUUGCGAUGUGGAGAAGUGAUCAAUCUGAAGCAGCUGAUCGUCCAAAACAACGAGGAUAUGCAGUCGAUCGAACAUCAGUUCUCCGGAAUUUCCGAUGCGAUUCACUCGUACCUCAUCCACUGCCGCAUGUAUCUCUCGUUUUUGGAAAUGCUCAUGUGGCUGAUGCAAGUGCUCGCGCCGCAGGAAGAGAUUAUUGCCACGGCGGAGAAGAUUAUGAACAGUGCAAGAUUGUUCGUUUAUUUUUUAUUCUGAAAAAUGUCACCGCAAUUUCAGAUUACUGCCCAAUGAUCGAGAAGUGUCUCCUUCGCUAUCCGACUUUUUUGCCGCGUGCCAAUCCAUCUUCUAUCCGCUUCAAAUCGUCGAAAAUGCCGAAGACAAACGGAAAAUCAUAACUCCGGGCUCUCUGGCGGAGAUGCUCAACAAGUCGGCGCCUGUUCUACCACAAAAACUGCCACCGGUCACCUCGCUUCGGCUCAAAUACGCCAAAAUCACGUAUCCGCACAAGGACACUGCGGUGGAGCAGACGCUCCGAUUCUUUGCCACACUGCCGCACGGAAUCGCAGUGGAGUUCAAUCUGUACAAUAUGAGCGUCGAGGAUGCGGGGGCGGUACGCAUUAAAACUGUGAUGCCGGACGGAAAGUUUGAUUUGAUGCGGCCGAGAAAAGAGGAGAUUCGCAAGGAAGACGAUUAUUUAACCGUUUCGACUCAGGUAGUCACUUUUUUUUGCCAAAAUUCUUUUAGAAACUUCAAUAUUUUAGUCCAAAAUCACCUGCUUCUCCUCGUGGGCAGACGCCGCCGAAGUGGACAUUUUUAUCGGAAUCCUCACCGAGUCCGGCCUUUUCGUUCCCUUGUUCGCCUCUCCACUGUGCUACACACCUUCACACAUACGUGUCCGAAUCCAUCCGCAUUCCCGUUAA